AUGAGCUUUGAGGGCCUUGAACGCUUGCUCGUUGGGUCAGUGCCCACAGCUUGCGCCAACUUGACCAAUCACCUGAACCAGUGUUUCGAGUCGGACGUCCACGCGAAGAGCUUCUACGAGUUUCUCCCCAAACUCUGCCAAAUUCUCUAUGGUUCCAAGGAAUCGAGGGGUUGGCUUCACUUGCCAAUGUCCAAGGCAGAGGAGGAUCCUCUGUUUGAGCUGAUUCGUCCUCGAGGGGUGCUCAUGCGGUUUUUGCUCAGCCGAUACAUGGAUCCCGCGUUUAUCUACGAAAUGGUUCCCGACUCGCUGCCUAGGCGAACGCAAACAAAGUUGGAUCCUACGCAGUACCUCAACCUUCCACCAAUCUAUCUCACACGCGUCAACUUGGUCAAGACUGCGGCACCCGUUGGUGCCCAAAAGACCAUGACCACCAUCACCAAAGUCAACCUCAACUUUAACAUGCUGGAAUACUUUUUGUUCUACUUUGCAUACGCUCUCACUCUGGAUGACGACGAUGUGAACUUUCGUGGAAUGCGGAGGACUGAUCCAAAGCUGGCGUUCAAGAUUCACGGACCUCCGGCAAGCGCCACCCCAGGAGCAGGAGCACGGCCGACAGGAUGGGCAGCAGGAAACGCACCACCUCCCAAGACGCCCGCCUCCCGCGUGUUGGUCGAUGGCUCAUUCUUCAACCUUUAUCAACAAUACCUCCACUACUUUCUCCCUGUUCCCGAGCGCCCUCUGGAUUCAUCUGCAGAGAAUAAGGAGGUUUUGGCUAAAAAGCGGCCAUUGGACGUAUUUAACGACACCGCCAUCGAAAACUCUGCAGACAGACAACAAACACAUCUCGGCAUCUCGGAAUUCUUUAUCGGAACCAUUGUCGAACUUUGGCUGGGACAAAAUGACAAGGGCGUUGACAACCGGGUGGUACGGUAUGUGCAACCAGGAGCCGAUAUUGCAGAGUGUGUCAGCGUCUUGCUAUCACAUCUGGCAAGCCAUGACUGCUCGCAGUAUGUUCUUGGCGGCGAGCUUCUCCCCACACACGUGCCGGAUUCAACGGGAAAGAUGGUCUUGAACGUUGCGGGCAUGGCAAGGAAGAGCGCCUACCAGUACAUCCGGCCUCAACUCUACACAUUCCUCCAAUUGGCACUCCAGUUUUGGCCUUUGGAUGACACAUUUCCCAGUCUUAUCGAUACUUGGCUGACAUGGAUUACACCUUGGCGUUACGGCCGCCGUGACGCUGCAGUCGCAGGCGAUACCGUUUCCGAGAAAUGGCAGCCGUUUGUUUUCGACAAUCUCAUGUUUUACACUGUGUUACUGGAACACUAUAUGCCUCGCCUUUCGAAUGCGCCUCAGACCAGUCGAGUGGCUAUUGUGCCCGCGCCUCUAUCGCUCAACAAGGAGUUGCGAUCGAUCCAAAAGGUGAUGAAGGUGUACAAGGCCGGGAACCUCAAGGAAAUUUUGAAGAUUGCAGAGCAGGCUAUUGUUUGGCCCGAAAACUUUUCUGCGUCGUCAUAUGCAAUGUUCGAGGCAUUGGCGGAAGGGGGUGUUGCGGGGGGAGGACGACAGGAUCCUACGUCCACUUUCCUUGCAAGCAUGGUGAAUGUCUUGCACAGACAGUUGCAACAACUCGAAGGAACCCAGUACAAGUAUGAGGCACUUUUCCUGGUAGAAGGAACCGCUCGCAGCAAGAUCCGCAUGAUCUUGACAAAGCUUGGAAAUGCUGUGGAUCUGAGACAGGAACGCCUUCAGGUGCUGGAGGCCAAGAACAAGCCCUCAGAUGAACCAGUGUCUGGCUGGGAUUUGGUGUCAUCCAAGAUCAAUGAGCUCAUGAACCCAGCACCACCCAAGACGGUCUCUCAGGACCCAACGAUCUACAAGCGCGAGUUGAAAGCACUGCGGGAUACGAUGGCCAUUGUCGGUGAAGUGUUUGAUCUUUUCCCGGAGGCUGUGAAGUCGUUUGAGAAGCAGCAACAAACCGGACCAGAUCGCAUCAGCACAUUGACGGCGGAGCAAUUGGAGUCGCUUAUCCCACCUCUGGAGGAAUCGGAGACACUUGAACUUUUGGGACCUGAGCAACAAAAGAUAUAUGUGCCACGCGGCCUGGUGAGGAAACCAAUUGGCGAUAUUCACGGACGAGGACGUCGCGCACAAGAACUUGUCCUUUCCUAUGAGAGUGAAUUCCUUGUCAACUUGACCCGCAGGGCAGAAAACCAUUUGACCCCCAAGUGGCAGAGGGCGGUGAGGAAGGUGAACGGAGUGAUUCCGUUGCCUGAACGAGUCAGGUCGAGUCGGGUACAUUUGCGGUGGUUGGCAUCAAUCCCGAACCUGACUUGUUUUGCAGUGUUGGUGUUGGCGAUUGUGGCAUUUUACGGAUUGUCGGCUUACUUGGGGUCCCUCGGACAGUCAGGAACAGGAGGAGGAUUGGCAGGAGGAAGACAACAACACCUUCAUCAGAAGCCGUUUGUCAACAUGCCUACUGGCGACAAUGACCGAGGGAUGUUGGGUCAAUACGACGCCCAUACCCUGCCUGCACUCGCACCUCACAGCCGGGAGCAGCAACAACAGCAACAGCAACAGCAACAGCAACAGCAACAGCAACAGCAACAGCAACAGCAACAGCAACAGCAACAGCAACAGCAACAGCAACAGCAACAGCAACAGCAACAGCAACAGCAACAGCAACAGCAACAGCAACAGCAACAGCAACAGCAACAGCAACAGCAAUAG